AGCACUGGAUGCGACACCAGCCAGUGUCAACACCGCAGACGAUUCAUCAAACAACAACGUUCUGGAAUGCUAUUUUGCUUGAGCUCGAUCCAAAAUGACGAACGCUGAGUUGGCGCUUGAGACUAUUACCAGUGCCGACCUUUCACCCACCGAGCAUUUGAUUCUGAAGCACUUCAUUGAAUCAGCGGUGGAUCCUGAAACCGCAGCUCAGUAUCUGUUGUCGAGAACUCGGGACACGGCUGACUCUGUGGAAAAUCCGUUGGGGAAUUUCAAACGACAAUGGAGACAACUUGCAUCCAAAUUAAUGGUACUCGACCGGAUACCGCAGCAUGUCCAGGAUUUGGCCUUUGAACGAGAUGGCCGUGAUUUCGCAUUCAGGGUCCACCCUACCCAUGUCCCAGGCUCUAACGUAGAGCCGGCCUACGUGAUUCCGCCCUCUAUGAUCAUGGACUUAGAUCCCGCCAAAGAUGGCUCUUUGCUUAACAUACUAGACGCCUUUUUGACUAGCAGUCGCGUUAACUACCUCCACACGCUGCUUGAAAACGAAACCCAAGACGAUGCAACAUCCCUUCGCAAUGUGCUACUACUACCACCAAGCAUUCACAAUGCCUUUCGAGCUGGGCAUGUGGAUAUCAGUCUGCGGUCUGUGCGGCCCACUGAUUGGUCAUCCGCUUGGCAGGAUGAGUAUCUCGAUAGAUGCGGAUACGAAAUGUGGAAGCAAUACCCCGAAGAACCCACUGGACUGUUCCUAGGCGACCACACCCCGUUCCGAAACACAUUGCAACCAUUUGACCUGUCCACAUCAAACGUCAAAGGUCUUCCCCUCCCAAGCAAUUUCUUGAUCGAUGUGCAUUGCCGAUUUGCGACCGCUUUACACCUCUUCUCUAUCGAGGAUAAAGUGAAUCGAGGAUGGGCUCGGCCGUCAAUAGGCCUUCCCCUCUUUGGACCCGUUUCGCACGCGUUCAGGUCGUUAUGGCUUUGUUUGCCCCAAUGGCUUCGAGUAUCGUGCUACAACCUACUGGCGAAAAUAGGGCGAACGUUAUAUCCGCUUGAAGUAAAUGUGUGGUCUCAACGCCUACCUUUUGGGCUAUACAUGAAAAAAUGCAUUAGAGCCCCUAAGAACGAGCCGAACGUUCUCAAACUAAUUGAGGAGCGCACCACCAUCCCAGCGCCGCGACUGGUCGACACCUGGGAGAACGAGAAUGAGGGAGUCACUCACAUUCUAAUGACACGCCUGCCAGGCGUGCCCAUUGGCGAUGUACGCCAUUUAAUGUCCUACCAGGAGCGUGACCGCUUCGCUGAUGACGUCCGAGCCUGCGUUGAGCAGCUGCGCAAAAUACCCAACUCUGCACCAUACUUGAUUUGCGACUCGCUCGGGGGACAGAUUGCUGACCACCGCCUCCCUGGCAACAAAGGCGGUCCAUUUAAAACUGAAGACGACUUUAAUAACUACCUCACGAGUCAUCUUGGUGAAGCAUUUUCAGAAUUUGUUGAGCGCAAGAACCUGCCUGUACGGAAACAUACACGGUUCCUUUUUACGCAUUCAGAUCUGCAUCAUUCCAACCUUCUUGUGGAGAAUGGACAACUGAGUGGCAUUGUUGACUGGGAAUCGGCUGGAUUUCGGCCCGAGUAUCGGGAAUUCACAAAGGCGAUGUAUGGCACGACGGGUCCGGGUAUCAUGAGAGACAUCUGGUGGCGAGCAUUCGGUCGUCAAUAUGAAUCUGAGCUUGAAGUCGAGCAGCAGCUGUGGUAUUCAACCCCGUUCGGGGUUUGAGGCACUCGCAUGAGCGCCUAGAGACUAUAAACGAUAUAUGCCAGGUGAUUAAACGAAAAUUAAAUUUUAUUCAGGAGGAAUUGAAGUCAAUUAGAUAGGGUAAGGGAAGGUUCCCACUGGUUUCUCUGGGUCAGGCGGUUCUUGGCAUCGUACAGAGACCACCAGUGUUUCGGGCAGUUGAUUGGGGGCACAAGCUUCAUGGAAGAUAAAAAGGCAGCUCCAGGAUGAACCUCGCUAUGGCUCUGGCAGCUCGCUCACUCGCGGCGGUCAUCCUUGGAGAUUAUCCAGCCAUCGGCGUAGACCAGGAAUCCAGAAAGUAGACCCUUUCAAUCCUGCAUCAACGACAGCCUGAAACUGAGCUAUAGUUUGCUUCUGGACACCAAAUCGCCCCUGCCGACGUAAAACAUCACUUUGAGAAUGAAGAAUAAUGCGCGUUGCAUGACCGUCUGCUAAAGGAAACUCGCGAACAACACGCAGAGCACCUGUCUAGUAAAUAAAUGCUUGAUCAACCUGAAAAUUGACAUGGCAUAUCUUGGCCUGGGCAAUAAAUA